AUGAGGAUACUGACUUGGGCCAUCACGCUCCUCUCCCUUGCCUGCUUCUCGUUGACGGAAAAGUAUUGUUACUACCCAAACGGCCAGAUCGCGGUGAGCGACUCCCCAUGCAACCCGAAUGCCGACGAUAGCGCGUGCUGUGACGGCGACAAAGGUAUGAUGUGCAUGAGCAACAACCUAUGCCGUGGGCCGGGUGGGACGACCGUCCGGAGCUCUUGCACAGAUAAGAGCUGGGAUUCCACCGCCUGCGCCGCACUCUGUAUGACGGAAAACACCGUCCCCGCCGACCUCACCUCCUGCGCCAACGUAACCGGCUCCGACACCACCUACUGCUGCGACAACCACCGGGUCCCCUGCUGCGACGCCAGCAUCGCCCGUUUCGACGUCCUCCCCUCCAAGCCGCAAAUCUUCGCCAUCUGGGACGACUCCGCCUCCGCCUACCUCUCCAUCAACCUACCAGGCACUGCCACCACCACCGCCACCACCACAACAUCCUCAUCACCCGCCUACCCCACCGACCCACCCCCCUCCAACACGCAACCCUCAUCAACACCCUCCAACCCCCCGUCACCGGACGCAGCCUCCGCCGCCGCCCUCUCCCUCGCCGUACAGGCAGGCAUCGGCGUCGGCGCGGCGGUGCUCGCCCUCGCGCUCGCGGUCGUGGUAUACCUAGUGGUGAAGCUGCGACGGAAUAAGAACGCGGUUCUGGCGGCGGGGCAGAGGGGUCAGGCCGGGGCGGUCCACGGCCAGUAUCAAGGCGGGGUGGGGGUUGGAGGGUAUGAUGGGUGGGAGAAUAAGCAUAUGGACAAGAAUGGUGGUGGGGUUGGGAAUGGUGGUGGUGGUGCGGCGGCGUGGUAUCACCCGCCUGCGUAUGGGGAGCCGUACCAUGGGGGUUCUGGGUUUGGGGUGGUGCCGCGGCAGGAACUGGAUGCGUGGCCGAGUGUUGGGUAUGGGCAACCACGGAGGCAACGGCAUAGGCAGUCACAUGGACAGGGGUAUGUACAACGGUUUGAGCUGCCUGCGACGCCUCUGGGGGCGCCUAGGAGGGCGUUUUAG